CCACACUGUGGAUUACCGACAUCGCAACCCGCGCGCGGAGCUUCCCCACACCCCACCAAGUGGACUCCCGAGCGGCAGAUCAGUACCGCUCAUCCGCAAAGCCGUAAAAUAAAACCCCCCAAGCUCCAACGGCCAGCCAGCUUCCUCCUCCUCUGCAGAAAACAAUUCCGCACACAAUUCAAUUCCCAACGAACGAUGGUACUGUCACGCAUAGCAGCUACGGCUCGCACACGGGCUACCAAUGCCCUCCGCACCAUCCAGUCCCACCCCCCGUCGUGUCCCUGCCACGGCAAUCCCAUGCACCCGCACAAUUUCGCCCAGGCCGCGAAGACGGCUCAGAGGUUCAUGGCGACGCCCGGAAUGGACGUCAGCCGGCAGAAGGAGUAUGCGUUUGAGAUGGCCGCGUCGAGUAUCCGCUUCGGCCCCGGCUCGACGCGCGAAGUCGGCAUGGACUUCAAGAACAUGCGGGCGAAGAAGGUGCUGGUGGUGACGGACAAGACGAUUGCGCAGCUGCGGCCGAUGCGCGUGGCCAUUGAGGCGCUGGAGAGCGAGGGAAUACAGUACGAAAUCUACGACAAGGUGCAUGUCGAGCCGAAGGAUUACAGCGUUAAAGAUGCGAUCGAGUUUGGCAAGAAACACCCGGUCGACGCGAUCCUCGCCGUGGGCGGUGGCAGUGUUAUGGAUACGGCAAAGAUUGUGAACCUGUACACGGCGUACCCGGAGGCGGAUUUCCUUGACUUUGUUAAUGCGCCGCUCGGGAAAGGACUGCCGAUUACGAAGCAGUUGAAGCCUCUCAUCUGUAUUCCCACGACAGCUGGAACUGGUAGUGAAACUACGGGAACCGCUAUCUUCGAUCUUGUGGAUAAGAAGGCCAAGACAGGAAUUGCGCAUCGUGCACUGAAGCCAACGCUGGGUAUAUGCGACCCUUUGAACACUCGCACUAUGCCCUCUGCCGUGGCUGCAGCCUCGGGUCUGGAUGUGCUCUGCCACGCAUUGGAGUCAUAUACCGCAAUCCCCUUCCACGAGCGGACUCCUCGCCCCACAAACCCCAUCCUACGCCCAGCCUACCAAGGUGCCAACCCCAUCAGCGACGUCUUCUCUUUCCGUGCGCUGCAGAUGACCAUCAAAUACCUCCCGCGGGCUGUGCACGACCCCUCCGACGAGGAAGCCCAAUCGCAGAUGCUCCUCGGCGCGACGCUCGCCGGCGUAGGCUUCGGCAAUGCCGGUGUGCAUCUCUGCCACGGCCUAUCCUACGGCAUCUCCGGCGGCAAUCCCGGCUAUAAGCAAGCCGGCUACGCUGUCGACUACCCUCUGAUCCCGCACGGAGUCUCUGUGGCUGUUACCGCACCCGCCGUCUUUGCCUUCACCGCCGCUUCGAAUCCGGAGAGACAUCUGCAGGCCGCAGAGCUGUUUGGUGUCGAUAUCUCCAAUGCUAGGGCUGAAGACGCCGGCGCGAUCCUGAGUGAUGCGAUCAAGAAGUUCCUGGCGAAGCUGGGAGAUCAGCCCAUGGGUAUCAAGGGGUUGGGGUAUGGAAGUGGCGAUAUUGAGGGGCUCGUCGAGGCUACGCUGCCGCAGAGACGAGUACUCAUGUUGGCGCCGUCGUUUGAGGAGGAGGUUGAUCGGCAGCGGGAGGUGUUGACGGGAAUUUUGGAGGAUGCGAUGGAGUAUUAGAUACCAGCUGGCGGAGUUGUCUUUGCAGCACGGAAUAGAAUAUCAUGCAAGAUACCACAACUUUUACAUUCCAGAACAGUGCGUACGAUUUGUUAUUCUUGGGCAACAGAGUUCGCGCUAGGUAUCACAGCCUGGG